AUCUUAUUUUAAUAGAAGUUUAAUCGUACUCCUGCAACCGUUGUACAAAAAGUGUUUUAAUAUGGCUUCGGCAUAUAGGGAAGGGGCAAACUGCAGAGAGGAAGGAUUUCAAAGAUUUCUGGACAGCAUACAAGCACGUUCGGUUAUGUAUGGCAGCAAUGAAUUUUCUAGAGACAAAUUAGACGAUUUAACAAUUGGAAAAGCAUUACAUGAAUUUGAAAGAUAUUGGAAAGUCAUCCCAGGAGGGAAUGAAAGACUAGACUGGGUGUUAAAGGUACAAGUCAAUCCUUUUUGGAAAGAAGAUUACGAAGAGCGGAUGCAUUACAUGCUGAAUAACGCGCCAAAAUUCUACUACCCUUACUAAUAAUACUGAGCAUUUUAUCCUGGCGUAUGGUAGGAUGGCUGCCUGUUCUGCAGUUUUAUGAUUUGUUUUUCAUGUUUAAUCGUAUGCUGCAUACUUACACUGUUAGCAAUUAGUGAAAUUUAUAUUGUGUGGGUAGUUUAAGGCUUAAGCCAUUGUUUCAGAUUCAUUAUUAUUUCUUGAUAUAAUAUUUGCGAACAUCCAGAUGUAUUAUUUUAAAAUACAAACGAUAUAAAUAUGUAA